AAGCCCCGCGUUGGAAAAUGGCGGGGAAGUUGGAACCUUCGAGCGUGGAGUCGCCAGAAGCCGCCGAGGAGGCUGAAGGGCAGGCCAAGUCUUCAAAGAAGACAGAAGACUUGCUGGCUAUGGUGAUAAAGCUGCAGAAAGAGGGAAGCCUGGAGCCACAGAUCGAGGACCUGAUUAACCGGAUUAAUGAGAUUCAGCAAGUGAAGAAGAAAUCAAGCGAGGAACUUGGAGAGACCCAAGCUCUCUGGGAGGCCCUGCAUAGGGAAUUAGAAUCCUUGAAUGGAGAGAAAGUGCACCUAGAGGAGAUCUUGAGCAAAAAGAAAGAGGCACUGAGGAUCCUCCAGCUGCAAGAGGAGAAAAGUGAGGCUCAGAGGUCGGAUGUCGAGGAACAGCUAGAGGAUCUGAUGGGCCAGCAGAAGGACCUCUGGGAGUUCCACGUGCUGCAGCGGCGACUGGAGCGAGAGAUCCGUGCCCUGGAGAGGAGCAAGGAGCAGCUGCUCACAGAGAGGAAGCUGGUGGGCGCCAAGCUGCAGGACGCGGAGCGGAGGCUGCGCUCGCGGCCCGAGGUUGAGGUCGAGGGCGCCCGGGCAGGGAAGCAUGGGCUGAAGGCAGGGCUGGGGAAAUUCGGGGAGCUGGUCCGGAGCACCCCAGAGGCCGGGGCUGGCAGAGGAGAGGCCAGGCCUGAGUUCCCGCACGCCGGGGACAAGGACGACGUGGAACCGCAGGCAGCUGGCCCUGACGCCCCCUAG